GCAUACACAUAGUGCAAAAUUUAAGUGCUACAAAAAGUGUGUAACAGGGAAGAAUCAAGUUCCCCCUGCACCCCAGUUCCACCUACCUGCCUCCACCCCAGCCAGGGCCCCCACCUGUCAGCACUUUCUAAUACAGCCUUCCUGAGACAUUCUCUGCACAACCACCCAUCUUUGUCUUCUAAGAAACUUGUACAUUGCACUGUCAUCUCAAGAACUCUUUGACAUUUCCUCCUUGUCCUCUGCAUGUUUGGUUUCUCUAUGAUCAAUAAUCUGACAUAAAGUGAGUCCUGGACUUCCCUGGCGGUCCAGUGGUUAGAACUCUGUGCUUUCACUGCCAAGGGCACGGGUUCAAUCCCUGGUGGAGGAGCUAAGAUCCUGCAAGCCACGCGGCCAAAAAAAAAAAAAAAAAUCAAUGUUAGUAUCAUUAAAAAAGAAAAAGUGAGUCCUUUCUUUGAGCCAAUUCCUGUCCCCCACAGCUCCACCCUCCAGUCCCCAAAUAUCUUGGGCAGAUCAGCACGAAGCACCCUAGGUGUCCCGAGCCUUGUCGUAGAUGACGCCCAGCACUCAGGCCCACAGAACUCCAAGUGAAAGGGGAAGCACAAAAUCGAAGUGAAUUUGGGGCCCUUCUGCUGCUGCACUCCCACAUCAGAGGUCAUUCAGGGAACCGAUGUGAGAGCGAUGAUUCACAGGCCGAGGCGCCAAGAAGCCGCCUCCUGGGAUGCUCGUGGCUCCCGCCUUCCACUUCGCAGACUCCAGAAAGGAUCCUGGAGAUGGCGUUUCUGUCCACGUUGUUCGCUUCUCCCACUCCCGUGAAGCGGAGGCUGGACUUGGAAACUGACCAUCAGUACCUGGCCGAGAGCAGUGGGUCAGCUCGGGGCAGAGGCCGCCACCCAGGAAAAGGUGUGAAAUCCCCAGGGGAGAAGUCACGCUAUGAAACAUCGCUGAAUCUGACUACCAAGCGCUUCCUGGAGUUGCUGAGCCGCUCGGCCGAUGGUGUCGUCGACCUGAACUGGGCAGCUGAGGUGCUGAAGGUGCAGAAACGGCGCAUCUAUGACAUCACCAACGUCCUUGAGGGCAUCCAGCUCAUCGCCAAGAAGUCCAAGAACCACAUCCAGUGGCUAGGUAGCCAUGCAGCAGUGGGGAUCGGUGGGCGGCUUGAAGGAUUGACCCAGGACCUCCAGCAACUGCAGGAAAGCGAGCGGCAGCUGGACCACCUGAUCCACAUCUGCACCACGCAGCUGCGUCUGCUUUCCGAGGAUGCUGACAGCCAGCGCCUGGCCUACGUGACCUGCCAGGACCUUCGUAGCAUUGCAGACCCUGCAGAACAGAUGGUUAUGGUGAUUAAGGCCCCUCCCGAGACCCAGCUUCAAGCCGUGGACUCCUCAGAGACCUUUCAGAUCUCCCUUAAGAGCAAACAAGGCCCCAUCGAUGUUUUCCUGUGCCCUGAGGAGAGUGCGGGCGGGAUCAGCCCCGGGAAGACCCCGUCCCAGGGUGCAGCUUCCGGGGAGGAGGACAGGGCAGCUGACCCUGCCACCACAGUGCCACCACCACCAUCAUCUCCCCCCUCAUCCCCUGCCACGGAUCCCAGUCAGUCCCUGCUAAGCCUGGAGCAAGAACCUCUGCUUUCCCGGAUGGGCAGCCUGCGGGCCCCCAUGGACGAGGACCGCCUAUCCCCACUGGUGGCGGCAGACUCGCUCCUGGAGCACGUGCGGGAGGACUUCGCCGGCCUCCUCCCCGAGGAGUUCAUCAGCCUGUCCCCCCCGCACGAGGCCCUCGACUACCACUUCGGCCUUGAGGAGGGCGAGGGCAUCAGAGACCUCUUCGACUGUGACUUUGGGGACCUCACUCCCCUGGAUUUCUGACGGGGCUUAGGGGGACCAGGGCCUCCUGGGAUGCCCACCCUGUCUCUGCAGCCCUGGAGCCCCUGCCCCUGGCCAUCCUUCUAGUCCAAUUGGAAGCGUUUAAUUUAUACCCCUCUCCCCUACCUCCAGAAGCUUCUAGCUCUGGAGUCUGGCUACUGCCAGGAGGCUGAGCAAGCCAGGAAGGGAAGGAUUCUGUUUGUGGUGUGUAUGUGCAUGCACCCAACACCCGACACGUGUGUACACGGGGUGAGUGGUGUGUGAGCAUGUGUGUGUGCAUGUACCGGGGAAUGAAGGUGAACACAUCUGUGUGUGCACUGAAAACAUGCCCCAGUGUGUCCACGUGUGUGUGCAUGAGCCCAUGUGUGCGCAUGGCGGGGGCUCUAACUGCACUUUUGGUCUCCUUGCUCCAGGGGCCCCAUGAGGCCCAGGGUGGCCACCUGCCCCCAGAAUCCUGCGUGCUGACCGGGCCGGGUGGCGAGGCCUUGGCCUGCUCGUUUGCAGGACCGCGAGAGCACUUCUGUCGUCUUAAAGGUUUUUCUGAUCGAAGCUUUAAUGGAGCGUUAUUUAUUUAUCAAGGCCUUUUUGGCAAGCUUGGGGCAUCAGCAAAGGGUAGGAGGGAUGCGGGGCUGAUGCCGCAACUCCCUUACCCCUGAGCGAGGGCAGGGGUCCCUGAGCUGUUCUUUGCCCCACUCUGAAGGAGCUGAGGCCUGAAUGGUUUAUUUAUUGGGAAAGUGAGGGAGGGAGACAGACUGACUGACUGACAGCCAUGGGUGGAUCAAGGGGGUGGUCUCUCCCCACGGGGUCACUGCAGGGCCCCAGCUGCCCCCAGGAUGGAUGUGAGAUGGGAGAGGUGAGUGGGGGACCUUCACUGACAGGGUGGGCGGGAGGGGUGGGGUGAAGGGCCUCCCCCCCAGCCCAGACCACAGGGGCCCCUCCUGUGGCAUUUGAAGUGCCCCUUCCACCCCACUUCUUGCUCUGCCCCACCCUCCAAUCUGCACUUUGAUUUGCCUUCCUAACAGCGCUGUUCCCUCUGCUUUGGUUUUAAUAAAUAUUUUGAUGAUGUCUGGGCCCGGUUUGGGGACUAUGUACUAGGAGCAAAUGUGAGGGUGGGAGAGGUCAAGGUUGCUGGGAAAAUGCCCAUUCUCUACUUCCCUCUCCCUGUCCCUGCCUGGCUUCAUUUUAUUUGAGCCUCACCGCCCCAAGAAAGGUAGGCUUCAUCACCUUUUUUACCCUAGUUUAAAAACUGGUCCGAUGAAGUAAUAAAUGAACUCCCUUCCUUUUUCUAGCCCCAGAGGAGCCACUCUGUUCAGUUUGCUAUGCUCCUUCCAGAUGUUUCUGGACAUUUGUAAACAUGCAACAGAUAAUUACAACAGGCUGAUUCCGUGUCAGGUUCUGGGGACACACGUUCCCUCCCCUCAUGGAGCUCUCAGGACCUGCUGGAGGAGACUCAAACAAAUGAGAGGAUCAGGGAGGGCUUCCUGGAAAAGGUGGUACUUGACCUAAAGCUGUAGGAUAGAAGAAAUUAACUGAGGAGGAAGAGGAAGAACACACCAAGCAGGAGAGGGCCUCAUGGGCAAAGGCCCCCAGGGCCCUGAGGACCUGAGAGAAACCAGUGUGGCUGGAAUCCUGAGGUGAGGGCCAGGGUGGAGAGACGUUCGG